CUGACUUCCGGAUAGAGGCCGACGGAGUAGUUUAUGCUGCCAGGAGUAUUGAGCACUCUACACUUCCUGCGUUGCUGUUGUUGAUCAAGGCUAGUGACACCGCCACUCAGCAGCAGUGGGUGACUCAAGUCAGACUGAUGCCCUCCACGCACUCCAGCCAGCAGGUCCAGGAAGUUGCUGUCCCUCCAGUCAUAUCCAAGGAUUUGAAGGAAAUAACGUUUCCAUCACGAAACACGGAUAGCCAACUCAAACGAAUGAAGAGAGACUGGGUCAUCCCCCCAAUCAAUGUCCCAGAGAACUCACGAGGCCCAUUCCCGCAAGAGCUUGUCCGGAUCCGGUCGGACCAUGACAAAAACCGGUCCCUCAGAUACAGUGUGACAGGCCCUGGUGCUGACCAACCCCCCACCGGUAUCUUUAUCAUCGACCCGAUCUCUGGAGAGCUAUCAGUCAACAAGCCCCUGGAUCGAGAGCACAUCUCCAACUUCCAUCUGAGAGCUCACGCAGUGGACCUGAACGGCAACCAGGUAGAAAACCCUAUUGACAUCGUGAUCAAUGUGAUUGACAUGAACGACAACAGACCCGAGUUCACGCAUCAGAUCUGGAAUGGCACUGUUCCAGAGGGUUCCAAGCCAGGAACAUUUGUUAUGACAGUAACGUCUGUUGACAAGGAUGACCCCAAAACAGCUAAUGGGAUGCUGCGUUACAAGAUCCUUUCUCAGAACCCAGAGAGUCCGACCUCCAAUAUGUUCACCAUCAACAAUAAAACAGGAGGCAUCAUUACCGUGGCUGCAGGCCUGGACAGAGAGAAAGUGCCUCAGUACACGCUGAUCAUCCAGGCCACUGACAUGGAGGGCAACCCCAUGUACGGCCUCUCCAACACAGCCACCGCUGUCAUCAGAGUCACUGACAUUAAUGACAAUCCGCCAGAGUUUACUGCUGAGACGUUUUUCGGUGAGGUGCCUGAAAACCGUGUGAAUGUCAUUGUGGCCAACCUGACGGUGACUGACAAGGACCAGCCCAACACCCCGGCCUGGAAUGCUGUCUACAAAAUCACCGGGGGCGACCCCACCGGCAGGUUCUCUGUGCCCACUGAUCCGACCACUAACGAGGGCCUAGUAACAGUCGUCAAGCCUAUUGACUACGAAAUCAGUAGGACGUAUGUGCUAACAGUGGAAGCGAGGAACGAGGUUCCUCUGGCCAGAGGCAUCCACUCUCCCCGUCAGUCCACCGCCACCGUCUCCAUCAGAGUGAUCGAUGUCAACGAGAGUCCCUACUUCGAGCCCAACCCCAAACUUGUUAAACUGGAGGAGGGAAUGAUGCCUGAAUCAUCACUGACCACCUUCACGGCACAGGACCCUGAUCGCUUCAUGCAGCAAACCAUCAGAUACUCUAAACUCUCCGAUCCAGCCAACUGGCUAAGGAUUGACCCGAACACCGGUCGUAUCACAACAAUUGCCAUUUUGGACCGAGAGUCACCUUUCGUGAAGAACAGUUUGUACAAUGCAACGUUCCUGGCUUCUGACAGCGGUGUACCUCCAGCAAGUGGCACAGGCACUCUCCAGAUUUACCUGCUGGAUAUCAACGACAAUGCUCCCAAGGUGUUCCCUCAGGAGGCAGAGAUAUGUGAAAAGCCAGAGCCAAAUGCCAUCAACAUCACCGCACUCGAUGGAGACCUGAAUCCAAACGCUGGGCCGUUUGCCUUUGAGUUAGCUCACCGCCCCCCUGAUGUAAGGAGAAACUGGACCAUCACAAGAAUCAGCGGUGACUAUGCCCAGAUGAGCCUGAAGAUUAGCUUCCUUGAAACUGGUAUCUAUGAGAUCCCCAUCAUAAUCACAGACUCCGGCAAUCUACCCAUGUCCAACACUUCCUAUCUGCGGAUUAAAGUGUGCCAAUGUGACAUCAAUGGGGACUGCACUGACCAGCAACACAUCAUGGCGGCCGGCCUGGGCACUGGCGCCAUCAUCGCCAUCCUCCUCUGCAUCAUCAUCCUCCUCAUUCUCGUGCUGCUGUUUGUGGUAUGGAUGAAACGCCGCGAUAAAGAACGCCAGGCCAAGCAGCUCCUCAUCGAUCCAGAGGAUGAUGUGAGAGACAACAUUCUCAAGUACGACGAGGAAGGCGGUGGAGAGGAGGAUCAGGAUUACGACCUGAGUCAGCUACAGCAGCCGGACACGAUAGAGCCUGAUGCCAUCAAGCCGGUGGGAAUCCGCCGUCUAGACGAGAGACCCCUCCACCCUGAGCCACAGUACCCCAUGAGGUCAGCAGCACCCCACCCCGGAGACAUCGGAGACUUCAUCAAUGAGGUAAACGCGCGGGCUAGCAAGAGCACCGGGGCGUGACAAAACGAUUGCAAAAACUGGGAUUGUUGUGCUGUAUGGUAAGAAAAUCAAAUCCCAGGAGAAGAGCUGAAAUGAAAUGAUCAGCGCUGUCAUAAAACUUAAAUUUCAUUUUCAAGCUGAAUGACUUUCUUAUAAUCAUCUUGUAUCUAAAUAAACAGUUUGGUUCAUAAGAGUCAGUAUCAAGCAGUUGUGCACCGCCUUGUAGUGGGAGAAAAAAUUACCUUAAAAUUGAAUCAAUUAUUAGAAUUGUUUCCAUCUUUUCCCAGCAGAAAGUAGAAACCUUUUCUCAUCUCACAUAUAUCCGCUCAGACAUGCAUAAAGCCCCAAAAAGUACAUGAUGCUAACUCGCUUAGAUAUAAUUGUUUUUCUCCUUACAUUCUGCCAAAGUAGAGUUGUGUCAGCAUAGAAAUGGAAGAUGAGAGAAGCAAUACAUUGGCUUUCUAUCGUAGUGUGCUGUUCAGAGUGCCCUCGUUUGCCUGAGGCCAUCAUUGACUCCAGCAUGAAGGGAGAAUGUAAAAUGAAAAGAGCAGUCAUGUAUUUUUCACAAGCUCCAACAGACAAGAGUUUCACAGCAUUACAAAUGGAGUUCUCUCCUAGUUUUUGGAUGGCGCCCAUGUUUUUAGAUUAGAACUUGCUCUUUCAGCUCUGGUCCCCGACCAUCCAUCUCUCAGAUCCCUUAACCCAGGCACCACUCAUUUUCACUCUCGCCCUGUCUCAUGAAUACACCUAAUACACUUGUCGUAACAGCUGAUAUUGAGAGGAAUUUAAUGUUUUUGCGCUGCUCAGUGAAGUUUCACAAUACACGCCAUACUUCAUCAGACUUGUCAUUUUAAUAUUCUCACAAGACCUUUGAGACGUUUCAUGUCUGAGCGUCCUGACCCAGAAAACGCUCGCUGCAACCAGGCAAUGUUGAUCUGUUUUUAGUCCCAGAUUUGACUGUCGCUAAAGCUCAGUCAUGGUAGCUGCAGCGCUCACAUGGAGCUGGAAUCUGACCUAACUGAUAAGGGCUAGCUGCCAGAGGA